AUGACUGGCAAACAAAUCGAUGUGAUGCUGUAUGGCCUUGGGGCCAUCGGGUCCUUCUACGCCUUUAUCCUCAGCCGAUCACCCAAUGUCCGUCUGACGGUGGUGGCACGGUCAAACUACGAGGCCGUCAAGGCCAAUGGCAUCUCCAUCGACAGUGAAAACCACGGCAAGCAUAUAGUGAAGCCGUACCAGGUUGUCCAAACACCGGCCGACGCAAACUCCAAGUUCGACUAUAUAGUCUGCGCCCACAAGGCCAUCGACCAAGGCGCGGUGCCACCACAGCUCUCGCCAGCCGUCGACCCGGCGCGCACCACGAUCGUCAUCAUCCAGAACGGCGUCGGCAACGAGGAGCCCUUCCGCGCGGCCUUCCCGUCCGCCACGAUCCUGUCGUGCGUGACGUGGGUGGGAGCGCGGCAGUCGGCGCCGGGCGUCAUCGCCCACACCAAAUCCGAAGACAUGCAGAUCGGGCUCUUCCCCAACGAUGCGGUAGACGGCGCCGUCGAAAAGGCCAAGCUGGACGGGUUCGCGGGCCUGCUGACGGCGGGCGGCACGGCGUUCCAGGUCGUGGAGAACGUGCAGGUGCAGCGCUGGGAGAAGGUGGUGUGGAACGUGGCGUGGAACGCGCUCACGACGCUGACGGGGCUGGACACGCACGCCUGGCUCUCGUCGACCGAGGGCGCCACGCCCAUGACGGAGAGGCUGAUGGGCGAGGCGGUCGACGUCGCGAGGGCCCUGGGCGUGCCGCUGGACAAGGAGGAGCUGGUCGCGAGGCUGAUGCGGAAGAUCCUGGGGAUGCACACCAUCUACAGCAGCAUGUACGAGGACGCCAAGCAUGGGAGGCCGAUGGAGGUCGAGGUUAUACUCGGGUAUCCGGCCAGGAAGGCGAAGGAGCUGGGGCUUAGUACCCCGACGCUGGAUGCUAUUUAUUGUGUUGUCGCGGCGGUGGAUUUGAGGAUCAGGAAUGAAGCAGCCAGGAAGUGA